UGUUGCUCCAAAUUGUGCAGCGUAACACAAUGGCGCUGUCCAUACGGCACAAAAUGUUGUCUUCUAACUCCUGAUUUAUUCACUUUUCCACCUAUUUAGAAAGGUUGCUGACACAUCAAAACAUCGAGGAGCUGCAUAUAGUUUCAGUUUUUGCCAGGACCAUGUCUGGGUCAAAUGUUUGGAAUCGCACCCGGGAGAAAUUAAGACGUUUUCCCGAAGUGUUUGCACAAUGUUCGGGAGAGGCAACUGCUUAUGGCAAAUGUGUGGCAGCUACUACAACAAGCAAACAAGAACUGAAGAAGGACCUUUGCGCUAAAGAAUUUGCAGCAUUGAGAACAUGCUUUGCAAAUGCGGCCAAGAAAACGGUGAAAUGAAUGGGGAAAAACAAACAAACAUGGGAAGUCAAGAUGUUAAAUGAAUAAUGCUGCAAGAUCACAACUUUGACUGUGAAUGAACUUUACAUUUAGCCUUUAUUAUCAUGAAAUUGCACAUAUAAAACAAUGUCAAUAGAAAAGUAGUAAGAAAAUACAUCUGUACAAAGGCAAAGCAUGUGCUGACAAAAUGAUCUGCAUCACAUUCUUAAUAUUACACAGGUGUUUAUAUCUAAGUACUACAAUUCUACAGCAAGAAAGAAAAAUGCUACAAGGUGCGAUAAUAUAUUACCUGAAAGCUCCAACAUUAUGUUGAAUUGAGACAUAUAAAGACAACAAAACCUGUGUAAGGAGCAUUAUUCCACAUUUACAGUACGCCUUACACCUUAACGUAAUGGAGGAAAACAAGUGAGCAGAGGACACAAUGCAGAAAGUAAAUACAAAUAAAAGGUGAAGACAUUUAAGUGACUCAUGAUAUUCAUUAGGUAUUCACACUUAAUAGAAUGUAUCUGCGUUUAUUUAUGUACAUUUUAACAAUCUAAUAAUCUCUUCAAUUGUCCAACACAUGACAAAAAUAAGUUAAUAUGUACAAACUCUUUGUUUUUUUCAAAAGCAUUUUGGUCAUUAUUUCAAAAGGAAGGUAUCAUCUUGAUUUAACCAUUGUCCAACAAUAGUAUUGGGAUUUCUUUGUAACAAAUGUGAAGGCAGUAGCGAAGAUAAGGCAACAAAGUCUCCACAAUUUUUUUGGAGGGUGUACAGGUAGAAGUGUAAAAGAGAAUAUGUGUUAUUUCAUCUCCUUAUCCUCAGCGGUCUGCUUAAUCUGCCGUGAGUGCAUCAUGGCCCCAGCGAGCAGCUUCUCCUCCAGGGCUACAUGCAGGUCACUGCCCCCUAGGUCCAGCAGGGGCUCCAGCCCUUGCACUGCCCUGGGCACCUCGGGCAUCUUCAGACCCUCCACGGCCCUGCGCCUCCGCUUUAAAUCCAUCUCUCCCUCGUCCCUCGCUCUCUCGUGGGAGCCCUGAGGGUGAGCCUGGGCUUUGACGGCCCCUUCUUCGGCACCCUCUCUGGGGUCCGCCUGAGCAGCAACGUUCUCUUUGAGGUCUCGUCCUCCUUUCUUCAAAGCUUCGCUGUCUUUUCUCUGAGCCUCCUGUGCAGCGUUUUGGACUUCCAGGUCUCGCUCCAGUAGGGCUAACCUCUCCUGCGCCUUCUUUUUUUCCCUCUCAACUAUUUCAUUGUCUGCUUUCUUAAUCUCCUGCUGGCGUCUCUCCUUGGCAGCCUUCUCCUGUGCUAAUACCUCUUUUAGUGCCUUCUCUUUCUCCAUUUUUUCUCUCUUCUCCCUUUCCUGUCGUUCCUUUUCCACCCGGGCCUGUACUUCAUUCUCUAUCUUUUCUCUCUCAAGUCUCUCUUGCUCUGCGGCCAGCUUUUCCUGUGCUUCUCUCUCCUGAUGUUCUUUUUCUAAUCUUUCUGCUUUCUUGUUUU